GGCAGCACUUGCCUUCCUUACACCACACCAAGACAGCCCCGGACUCCUCUCAACGGGGAUGAACAAUCAGUACGCGCGCCGCGAGGUCUUCUGCAGGAACACCUGUCACGAGCUCAAGCGCUUCUGGGAGAGGGAGAUCGGCAAGCAGACUUGCUACCGAGAGUCGGAGGAGCAUCGCCUGGGAAGGAGUGCGCUGAGGAGGCUCCGAGAAGAAUGGAAGCAGAGGCUAGAAACAAAGCUGAGGCUGCGGAACAAUCCAGAUGAGACUGAAAAGCGGGCAAAUGUUGGCUGAGAGCUUCCUGCUUCAUUGACCCAAGGGGAUUCAAAAUGCUGAGGUCACGCUGCUAGGAGAAGUCAAUGCAAAUGCCUGAGUCCCUUUGCUGUCCCAAACAGGUCUCUCACUAUUGUUUCCCCUGCAAAUCCUUCCCCAGUGCUCCAAUGAGAGUCCUUUCUGCAUGGA